AUGGCGGAUUUGAAGGACGAAAGAGGAAACCCUGUUCAUCUAACCGACGACCAAGGAUACCCGGUCCAGCUCACUGAUGAGUUUGGUAACCCUGUGCAUAUAACCGGCGUCGCCACCUCCGCUCCUCAUUAUAAAGAGAGUGCUACUACUGGAGACAUUAUUGCAGAGCACCCGGCAGCAGCAGGAGUCACCGGUCCAACUGGUGCAACCACCGCAGCAGGAGUAGCUGGUGCAACCGCUGCCACUGCAGCAGGAGUCACGGCCGGUACUGGGCAGCAGCACCAUGGUUCGCUUGAAGAGCAUCUUCGUCGGUCUGGAAGUUCAUCCAGCUCUAGCUCGGAGGACGAUGGGAAAGGAGGGAGGAGGAAGAAGAGUAUGAAGGAGAAAAUCAAAGAGAAGUUUAGUAGUGGUAAGCACAAGGACGAACAAACACCCACCACAGCCACAACUACCGGACCCACCACCACCACAACCACCGGAACCGGCGUUGACCAACCCCACGAGAAGAAGGGUAUUCUGGAGAAGAUAAAGGAUAAACUUCCCGGCCACCACAACCACCCAUGA